GGCGCAAAUCCUUCUCAUCUUGAAAAAAAGAUAGGCAAAGACCAGUUUCCUACCAAUGAGCAUUAUUACGGCCUAGUAAACUUUGGCAACACCUGUUACUGCAAUUCUGUCCUUCAAGCACUUUUCUUUUGCAAACCAUUUCGCAACAGAGUUCUACUUUACCGACAACAAAGCAAGGGUCAAAAAAAGGAGACCCUGCUUAGUUGUCUGGCCGAUCUUUUCUUCGCAGUUAGUACAAAGAAGAAGAAAGUCGGUCAAAUUCCACCCAAAAAAUUUGUGCAAAGGCUCAAACGAGAAAAUGUGCUGUUUGAUAAUUAUCUUCCCCAGGACGCUCAUGAAUUCCUAAACUACCUCCUUAAUCAAAUUGCAGAUAUCCUUCAAGCUGAAAACGCAAGCGAGGAGGCGAACAAAAAGCCAGGUGCUGCAGACACUGAAUGUGCCGCUUCAGUAAAUGCGCGCACGUGGAUUCAUGAAAUUUUUCAGGGUACACUGACGAACGAGACAAGAUGCCUGAAUUGUGAGACCGUGCGGACAAAGGAUGAAGAUUUCUUAGAUCUGUCUGUGGAUAUAAAGCAGUACACGAGCAUCACAAAUUGCCUGCAGUGCUUCUCAAAUACUGAAACCAUUCAAUCGGAAAAUAAGUAUUACUGUGAGGUGUGUCGGUGCAAGCAAGAAGCCCAGAAAAGAAUGCGAGUAAAGCGGUUACCCGAACUUCUGGCACUGCAUCUCAAGAGGUUCAAAUACUCAGAAAAUGCUAAUCGUUUCAUCAAGCUAUCGUACUACGUCCCAUUUCCCCAGGAACUCCGUCUCUUUAACACCUCAGAUGACGCAACCAAUCCCGAUCAACUGUACGAGCUAAUGGCUGUAGUAGUUCAUUCGGGCUCAGGACUUAACCGUGGUCACUAUAUCAGUUUGGUCAAAUCCGAUGGCAUUUGGCUCCUAUUUGACGAUGAAUACGUUGACAAAAUUGACCCGGCAAACAUUUGUGAUUUUUUCGGAACAACGUCCGAUGCCUCAAAGACGUCCGAUUCAGCCUACAUUCUUUUCUACCAAGCUUGUCAUGCACCGCUUUCUACAGAUGCCCCUUCUGCACCUCUUUCAACGACUCCCCAUGAGAGUGGACUGCCAAUUCCGUACACUACAAACGCUAUACGAUGA